AUGGCCAUCUUGACUCCCAUCUCUGUGACCCUCUCCAGCGACAAAGUACCAUCCAAGACGAACGUCAGAGACAUCAUCGCCCAAUUUUUAACAAAAGAAUGGCCAUCCGUGGAUCCCGAGACCCUGACCAUGUCGUAUAACGUUUCGUUUUCCAAUGCUCACUGUCCCGUGGAAAGACCGAAGCCGGCUACGGGCACCGCCACGGAGCCCUUGAAAGUGUUCAUCAAAUUUCAUAAUGACACCGAGGUGAAUCUUGAGAUAUUCAAGCAUCUGGCACCAACCAAACAAGAAGAAGCACUGCUUUGCUCUCAGUAUGGUCGGACUGGACUCGGAGCCAAAGUCUAUGGAUUCUUCGAGACGCAGGAUGGCACCCUUGGGAGAAUCGACGAGUUCCUAGAAGCACGGAAUAUGGAGCCAGAAGACGUUGAGGAUGCAACUAUCCGAGCGGAUGUGGCAAAGGCACUGGCAACGUUCCAUGUCUUGGAAGUACCACGGCAGAAAACGACUGUGGGAGAAUAUUACCAUGCUGUCAUUAAUGGACUUGAGAGGUACCACCGAAUGAACAAGUUGAAGGUACUUGGGAAACAAGGUGGUGUCAAUGUGGACAAGCUAGUCGAAUACGACUUCGGAACGAGGCUCAGGAUAGUGGUGGACAAGUUGGGAUCUAUAGGAGGAAAAACUGCGUGGUGUAUCCAUGAUGUCCAGUAUAUGAACACCAUGGUCAAGAAUGACCCAAAAGAAGGCGAAAGCACAGUUGCGCUGAUUGACUUCGAAUUUGUGAUGCAGAAUUAUCGCGCCUUUGAUAUCGGUGGGCACUUCAUGCAGAAGAUGUUCAAAUGGUUUGACGAGGAAAGCCAAAUAGCAAGGUGUAGGAAGUAUACUGAGGGAGAGAAAAGGCAUUUUUGUGAGGAAUAUGCUAGACAGUGGAACGCUCUGACUGGGAACUCGGACACCGGCGAUCAGGUUUUUCAGGAGUCGGAAUAUGGGUAUAUGCUGGCCAUCAGUUUUGAUAUUCAUAACAUGCUGUGGUUCAUGAGUGAAAAAGAUGAUAAGAAUCCUUUGAGUCUUCUUGGUCUGAAUAAGCUGUUUGAGGAGUUCGAGGAACAGUAUGCGAAGCUCGGGUUGGAGAAUCCGUAA